UGUCUGGCUGGUAGCACAUCGGAUAGCUGGCGGCGUUUAAGGCGCGUCGAGAGCUAAUUACGUGAAUCACAAACGGAUCGGGACGCGUACAGUUGGAGAAGGCGAAGACGAACCACACAGGGCACAAACAUACGGAAGCCAUGAAGAAAUUUUUGGGUUAUUUUGAGCUCAGGACUGGUAACAUCUUGAUCGGUAUGGUGUCGGUGAUACAAAGCAUUUUCAUCAUCCUGGCAGGGUCCGCUUCCUAUGCCGAGUCUUCGGCAUUUUCCGAUUUCCACUUGACGUGGAUUUGCAUGGCAUCGCUGUUGCUCAUCGCUUCGUUGAUGUUCGUCAAGGGAGUUGGUGACAAAAUACCCGGACUGAUGGUCCCGUGGAUUUUGGCCAUGGUGCCCUUUACGGUGUGGCUCGUCGGAGCGGCGGUCUGGGCUGCCGUAAAUAGCAAGAUGAUGGAGCCUGUCAACGCAACGUUGAUGUUUGCCUUUGCAAUUGUGGAAGCAUACUUCCUGUCCUGCGCCAUCUUCUACCACAGAGUACUGAUCAGAGAGCAUUGAGAAACAAAGCUGCUCAACCAGAAGACGCUGGAGCUCUGUUCAGAAAGAAUCACGAUGCCUAUGGAACUCUACUCCUUGAAUAUCCUCCUGCUUACUUUUUCAUUUUCAGGUGCUUUGGAACGACGCUUCGAUGGUUUAUUAUUUAUUGCGUGGACAUAUCCGUGAUGUGUAUAAUAAAAUACU